UACUGUUUUAAUUUACUUAUUUAACAAAUUUACGGGUUCUUGCCGCUCAUACCUUUUUAUCACAAAAGAAUUUCCGUGUAAUUAUAGCGAUAAAUGUGAAUUUUGCCUUGAAAUAAUGUCAUUAUCAUUCCUCUGAACCUUCAUUGAAAACUAAGGAGAGGGGGACCCACUGAAAAUGAUUUUGCUGCUUAGUGGUGAUAUAGCUUUGAAUCCUGGUCCAUCUUCGACAGAACACAGCAAUUUGGAAGAUUUUACAAGUUCUCGUGGCAUCAAGUUGUUACAUCAAAAUAUAUGUGAACUUUACGAUCUCGAAGAGUUUUUGUCAAGAUUGGCAUAUGGUAACAUCCCUGUCAUGGGAAUAAGUGAGAGUCAUCUUGUACCCGACGAAAUCUAGGACCUGCCAAGAAAUGCUGCAAAGGAAACAUAAAUUGAUGGUUUUGUUACCCACACGGGGAUGGGCUGCUAGGGUCCCUUCUACACAUGUCUUCGACUAGCAAAAAAGUUAAAAAUAGCUCUUCGUGUUUCAUAAAUAUUGCAUCUCUUCCAGUCCACUCUUGCUGGUAAAACGUCACACUCUUUAACUUUUGAUUAAAGUUUGGUGUUUCUGGAAGAAGACAGAAUUCACAGUCAGAUGUUUGACUGAGGUUCCAUUUCAGCAGAUUUUUACGAGUUGGGAGAUUGUUGUUAAGAUACUUGAUGGUAAAGUUGAAGAUGUUACUAGGCAAAUUGCUCUGUAUACUUUACCAAAUACCGUUCAGCUUUUCCAGCGAAUGUUUCAGUAGGAAGGUAAUUGUAGCUCCCUGAGAUGGUAAGUUUUAAGAGAGACGUUCUUUGUUGUCUGAUUUGACAGCCUUUAAUACCUCUUUAGUAUUAUGAUAGAUGUCGUACUGUAGGUUCGUGCCAUGACUGGUGUUUUUCCAUAGGGUUUGAAUGUCAAUGUUAGGAGAAGAUUUUAGGGCAUUGCGACAGACAGUUUGGCAUUGCGUAAAUUUGAUAGAAGGCAGUUGUAGAUUUAGGCCAAACUGAUUUUUUGAGAGGAUUAUUCCACUUAAGGUAGCAGAAACAGGAAGAUCAAGCCACUGGAAACAAGAUUGUCCAGGUUUUGGACAACCCAGGUCUUUGGUAGAUCUGCAACAGUAACAUGCCAUGAAACUUUAGACAGAACAUAACGAUGGUAUAUAGCAGUUUGUUUUUAGGAUGGAGAGGUAAGUCGUCAAUAUCCUUCAUGAAAGUAGAAAAAGAGGAACGAGUUUAGAUUUAUGAUCUUGGUUACUCAUUUCAAAAUCAAAGAAACGACCAAGAUACUUAAAGGAAUCGCCAUUUUUGACAGCAGGUACUACCUGGUUACAGAUGAAAAGUUUCAGUUGAAAUUGGAGGGAUCGCGUAAAGUGUUUCUUGACACCAAAGGUAACACAUUUGUCAACCCUGACAAUGAAUUUUGCCCAUUGGCACCAUCUUUAAAGCAGUUUAAUAAGAGUUGGUUCUCCUUUUCUCCACUGUUAACAACAGCAGCAUCAUCAGCAAACUGAAACCAGUGUACUGGCUGAAACAUACGGCCAUUACCAUCAUGGGGGGAGAAACCAAGCUGCUUAUAUUUAGGGUCAUGGUAUUCAACAUGCUACCAUGAAAGAAAAUAUAAGAAAGGAGUGUUACAGGCGAGUAAGGGCUGUCCUAAAAACAGAACUAAACUCACAGAACAGGAUUAUAGCAAUAAACUCAUUAGCGAUACCUGUUGUGACAUAUAGUUUUAAUGUAAUCAACUGGAAUUCGACAGAAAUUAAGAAAAUGGAUACAAAGAUAAGGAAAAUUUUGACAUGCAACAGGAUGCACCAUCCCAAAGCAGACGUUGAUCGUCUGUAUCUUCCGAGAAGACAGGGUGGAAGAGGCAUGAUACAACUGGAACUAAGUUAUACAACGUCAGCAAUAGGACUUAUGAAAUACCUGGAAACAACAAAAGACUGGAUGUUGCAACUUGUCAAGGACCAUGAAAAUCAGAAAAAGUUGCACUCUAUUGUGAAAGAAUCAAGGAACUUCGAACGGGAAUUAAAAGUAGAAAACAAUGAAAGGCAAGGAGAACUAGAAGAAGCAACAAAAGAAGCUAAGAAGUUAAAGGUGAAGGUAAAGGCUGUGGGCCAAAAGAUGUUGCAAGAGAAAUGGGAACAGAAAUCUCUGCAUGGAAAGUAUGUUCUUCGGAGUAAAGAUGCUGAUGUAGACCAGACUCACACCCAUCAGUGGCUCCGAAGUGCAGGACUGAAAGCAGAGACUGAGGGUUUCCUUCUUGCAGCACAAGAUCAAACACUGUCCACAAGAAACUACCAAGCCAACAUAUUGAAAAAUGGAGCAGACCCCAAAUGCAGAUAUUGCAAUGAACAGUGUGAGACAGUUGACCAUCUUGUAUCACGAUGUGCUGUACUUGCCCCUAACGAAUACAAGGCUAGGCAUGAUCGAGUUGGACAAUGCUUGCAUUGGAAAAUUUGCCAUCACUUUGGUGUUGAAACCCCAAAACACUGGUAUGAACAUCACCCAGACCCAGUUGUUGAGGGUGACAAUGUUUCGAUCCUUUGGGACUUCCCUGUUUACACUGACAGAACCAUCAAUGCUUACCGGCCAGACAUCAUAAUAAAAGACAGGAAUGAAGAAACUUGUCUCCUUAUUGACAUGAGUAUACCAACAGACAGAAAUAUAUCAAGUAAAGAAUUCGAUAAGCUGAGCAAGUACAAAGACCUUGAAAUUGAAAUCCAAAAAAUGUGGAAAGUAAAAGCUACCACUGUACCUGUGAUAGUGGGUGCAUUGGGAAUGAUAAAGAAAGGCACAGAAAAUCACAUCAGCAAGAUCCCUGGCGAGCCAUCACUAAAGGAAAUCCAAAAAAUUGUUUUGACUGGCACAGCUCAUGUCCUGAGAAGGGCAUUGUCAACAUGACCGCGGAUUAUUCCAAGAUUUAUUUCUGCGGCAGAAAAUGUAAUAAGUAGUACGGAUAGUUAAGUUGGAUAAUUUGGAGAUCAUGAAGCGGAGAUGAUUCUCGCUGAUAUCUAGAGCGUUGCACAUGUCGAUGAAAGAGGAGCAAGAGAGACCAAAGAUACCUAGGGAACUGAUAGAAAGAUUAACAAACAUGAUAGAAGAAUAGGCUGAGCUUAGGCUGUGAAUGAGAUUCGAGUAUUUCUCUCUUUUGCGGUUAGCAUUAACAUCCAAGUUAGUUUCGUAUCCUACUGUAAGCUCGAGUAUGAAUAGCCGAUGGUCAGAAGUGACUAGAAGUAGAUCAGGACGGAAAGAGUCUCCUGUUAUGAUAGAGGGUGAGAGAUAACCUGAAAGGUCUGCGUAAAGAGAGCAAUUAGGUAUAGCUUUUAAAGGUUGUGCUAGGAAGUUCAAUGCAGAGUUAUGGCGCCAUGUGUAACUGCCUUCUUCGAGGUAUGUUUUGCAGCCUGCAACAAUGUGAAGUAACGUUUCUGGCAUAUGGCAAAAAGAGCAAUCGGACGACUGAGUAAUGUUCCAUUAGGAUAGGUUUUUUCGCGUGGCAAGGGAGUUGCUAAGAUAUUUGAUAGUAAAACUGUAAAUGUUCUUGGGCAUGUUGCUUUGAAUCGUGGUCCAUAUUUUAGAGGCUAUAGGAAGAGAGUGGUCAAAGAUGAAGGAAAGAACGGUACCUUGAGAUACAAGAUGGUUUUGAAGGUGCUCUUUAUGUUCUGAUCUAACAGCCUUCAAUACUUCUCUAGUAUUCCUGUAAACAUCAUAUUGGAUGCUCAUGCUCUGGCUGGUAUUUUUCCACAAAGAUUGGAUGUUUUUGUUGGGUGAGGAUUUCAGUGCAUUACGACAAACAGUUUGACACUGCAUGAAUUUAACAGAAGGAAGAAUCAAGUUAAGACCGGACUGGUUUUUUGACAGAAUAAUGCCACUUAAAGUAGCACUUAUGGGUAAAUCGAGCCAACGGCGGAUAAAUGCAGAAACUUGGUUAUCAAGGUUUUCGACGAUGCAGGUUUUUGAUAGAUCGGCUACUGUGAGGUGCCACGAGACUUGUGAGAGAAGAUAGCUGUUAUAAAGAAGCAGCUUAUUCUUUGGAUGGAGAGGUAAAGAAUCAAUUUGCGUUAGGAGUUCUGUGAAGAUGGAGCUGAGCUUAGAAAUAUGUUCUUGGUUGCUCAUAUUGAAGUCGAAGUGACGCCCAAGAUACUUAAAAGACUCUCCAGUUAUGACAGGAGGGACCAUUUCAUUAUUGAUGAAGAGCUUUGGCCGAUAUUGUAGGGAGCGUGUUGAGAAUUUUUUAAUACCAAAGGUUGUGCAUUUGUCUACUAUUAUAAUCAUGUUAGACCAUUGACACCAUCUUGUAAAGCAGUUUAAGAGUAGCUGGUUUUCUUUCUCCCCGUUUGUAAUGACUGCAGCAUCGUCUGCAAACUGAAACCAGUGCUCUGGGGUAAACAUACAGUUUGGUUGGCUAUGGGGAGAGAAACCAAGUUGUUUGAAUUUUUCUGCCUUUAUGUAUUGAAUGAAAGUGUUAAAGCACAUGUUAAAUAGAAGGGGACUGAGGCAAUCACCUUGAAGAACUCCACGUUUAACAGGAAUAGCAGGGGUAACAAAUUUAUCUGUGAUAAUAGAGGUUUUAAAAUUUAUGUAGAGACUUGAAAUCAGAGACUGGAUGUUUUCUGGUACGUGGUGAUAAGACAGAACAGAUUUGAUUAGAUUGUGAUGAGCCUCUCCAAAGGCAUUUUUUAGAUCCAAUAAUGUUAUGACUAGAGACCGUUGUUUUAUUCGAGCUUUGUCGAUUAUAUGGCUCAUCAUCGCAGUAUGUUCUAGUGUACCCGAUAUCUGAUGGGUAAAACCUUUUUGAAUUUGAUGUUCUAUGAAACCAUUUUGUUUGAGAAAAUCAAAUACAGAAUCUCGGAGGCAAGAUGUGAAGAUUUUUAGUGGGACGGAUUGG